AUGGAAUUCCAGACACCAUCUACCGCUCGGGCAUUCCCCGCGCCUUCUACAACACCAUACAGACGUCCAUCCCGGGCUAGGUCUCGACCAUCGUUGCAUCGAGAAGAUUCGUCCCCUACUGUAUCAUCGUCACCCACAUCUUUGCCAAACCAGAACUUUUCUCCGGAAGGACCAAGCGACCUGGAAGACCCAGAUGAAGACAAUCUGAUGCCAUUCGAUCCACGAAGGUUCACCCCAACACUUCAUGCUUCCCUUGUCUCCGAAAUCCUCUCCUUACGGCGUGAUGUCGAGGGUAAAACAAAGGCGAUUGAUGUUCUAGAACGAAGCCUUGAUGAUUCACGAAUAGAAAACGAAAGUCUCCAUGACAGUUUAUCCCAAUCCACCAAAGAGACUCGGUCACUUCAGCAUCAGUUAAAGCUCCUUGAGGGUGGGUCCUCGUCUGCGCUGACCGAACUAGCCAAAGAUCGUGACAACGCGCUGGAGAGCAUAUCGGAUGUUCGCAAAAAGCUAGAGCAGACUCAAAAAAAGGUCCGAAGCCGCGAAGAAGAUGCUGAAAGGGCCCAGUUGCUCUUGGAUCGCGAGCGACAGUCUUGGGAAGGCGAGCGCAGGAAAUUGGAGCACAAAGUCCACGUGGUUGAGGGCCGUUUGAAGACCAUUUUAAACGAAGUGGCAGCUGCUCAAGCGGCUGGUUCUUUCCGUGCAGCGCCAAAGGCCGAUGGCACUGAAUUGGCCAAAGAAGGAACCACCGCAAAGGAUAGUGACACGGCUAGUGUUUAUUCUAGUAGCCCAGGACGACGCCGUACCAGUGUUACAAGCAUGAGUACUGACGAUGGCGACUUCCACGAUGUCAGAUUCUCUGUUAUGAGCGUUGCAAACGGGCAAGGAAAGAACGACAGCUUGAAUCUUGCGGAAGAACUAGCCUUUGACGAGGAAGAGGAGUUUGAACAACUCGAGGGCGACUCAACUCCUUAUUCCCCUGAGGCACUUCCGGAAGAACGACCAACAUCAGUGCAGUCUCAAUUGUCACACACAAUAGGAAUGGGAAUGAAGGCGAGAAAGAUUCUCGGACUUUCUCUACAUGGCAGUGCAGAUGGAAACGCUGCAGAGGACCGGGUUCUAGAGAUGAGCAGCCCUGUGAAAUCCUUGUACGAUAGAUCUUGCGUUUAUGAAGAUGCCGGGGUCCAAUAUUCACCCCCUCCAUCGCCCAAACUGCCUUCGGAGAGUCAAAGUUUGCGCUCCGUGAAUGAUGCAGAAGAAAGCCGCAGCUCUUGCCAGAUGAAGGACUCGAGCACUCUGACUCUGAUGACUGACAUGGUAUCAACAUCUUGUCAGACAGUUGGGGAUCUGCCCAGCCCUCCUUGGACGCCGAAAAUUGUCGAACCGUCGCCACCAGCACAACCGCCCGUAGAAGUUAAAAUGAUCUCUUCAUCUGCACAAACUGAGCAGGCCCCAGUGGCUGAAGCACGUGAAAAGAGAACUACUCUGUCACCGAAUGAUGCAUCUUCAUCUGAAGUGGAGAUUCCCAUGAUUGCAAUCCAUCCCCCUUGCUCAGAACCACCUUCUCCACGUGGCAGCGUGAUGUUGCCACCUCGAACAAAAAGUGCUUCUUGCCAAACGAACUUCCGAGCAAUCAUGGAUGGUCGAUCAAUUGGAAUACAAACAGAAGGAAUUCGAAUCGACCAACGACCUGUCAAAUUGCCGGCAAGCCUGCUUCCCUCUGCAAUCCCCGAUCUACCGUUGAGCCCCAAGUCUCAGGAGCCUCCUCCCAUUCAACCCUACCGUGCACCUCCACUAAGACUGAGCUCAGAGGAUAAAAAGACUCGACCAUUUGCCCCGGAAAGGACAACCGUGGCUUCAAGAGACAAGCAGCUUGACCAUAUUCAAGCGUACCCAGGAAAUAAUGACAAUGGGCCACUGUCGGACGAUUUGAAGUCAGGCAUAAGACGACCAAUGAGGUCAAGCAGCCUCUUUGCUGGCUUUGAGCAGGUGAGCGACGAAGAAGCCCCUGAGACUGAAAAAGAUAUUUUCACCGAUGAUGAGCUUCUAAACCGGCCGUUUGCCUCUUAUAAGUUGAGAAGGGGAAAACUUGUCUCAGCACAACCGGGAUCUAGCCUGGAUGACUCUCCGUUGCCGGAAAUCGACGAACAUCUGAUGGACAAUGCAUUGCCAUUGUCCGAAGAUGUAUCAACUGUUGAGGAGAGCAGAGACACUCUGUUUGGACCUACGAGAGGACAACGUUCUGGGGCCGGAGCCGCCGGAGCGAGACAGCAAGAUAUUCGGAGAGCGGCAAUGAUCACAAGUGGAGCAGCAGCGCACCAGAGGAUACGGGCACGUAGCCCUAGCGAACCCAGUAUUGAUAGCGGCAGCGGCAGUGGAUCUAGCAUCGCGCCUCCAUUCCCUGUUCCUAUCCGGCUUAGUUCGAGGAACUUCCCCGUCAAUGGUAGCGAAGGUCGGCAAAGCCCGACUCCUUCUGGCUCCAGAAACUUUUCUGAUCGUGGACAUCAACCUAUUGUCAGGAGGCCGACAAUGCGCAGGGUUCGUUCUGCGACAACCAUGUCCCAAACAGAUCCAUAUGAACGACCUAGUAGUCAGCGGUCCAUGGCCAUGUCAACCUCUUCCUUUACUCCAGAUAGCCCUCGACGACCUCUGCCUUUUGAUGAUAUCGUUGCUCCUCGACCAAACAGAAGACGGUCUACGCGUGGUCCGGGCUCGAUUCGUGCGUUUGCUCAUGAGCGCAUGGACUCCGCCGCUACUUCUAUUCAGCAGACGAGUGUUGUCGAUGCGAUCGCCCAGACCAUGGUUGGAGAAUGGAUGUUCAAGUAUAUUCGGAGGAGGAGGUCCUUUGGUGGUAAUAAUGACUCUAAGGAAAAUUGGGAUGGCAAGAAUGCGGAUGAGGUGUCUGCGAACAUCACUAACAGUGGAGUGAGACACAAGAGAUGGGUUUGGCUUGCACCAUAUGAAAGAGCAGUAAUGUGGAGCAGCAAGCAGCCUACCAGCGGGCCUGCAUUGCUGGGCAAGAGUGGCAGGAAAUUUACCAUCCAAUCUGUCCUGGACGUCAAGGAUGACAAUCCUUUACCCAAGGGAUUCAACCCUCAAAAUCAAUUUAACCGCUCUAUUCUGAUCCUCACCCCUCAGAGGGCUCUGAAGUUUACUGCCACUAGUAUUGAACGCCAUUAUGUUUGGCUCACGGCACUGUCAUUUUUGAGCCACUCCGCGAUGGGCAUUCAUGACCUCGCCUCUCUACCGCCUGUUCCUCAGGAGGAAUUUGCCUCCCCCGCACCAACAGCUGCCCUGCGCAAGAAUCCUAUUCGCGACUCAAUCAGAGUAGCCAAGGGCAAGCCUCGCCCAGGCCCCAAGGGAAAGCGACCAUUCGCGAACCACGUCGCCCCAGUUCCUGAGCUCCCUUCGGAUGGAGACUCUAUGCUCAGUGCUGCUGACCCUCCUACGGUGCCACGGUUCUCCAACCACUCGCGAAAACGCAGCAAUACUGCACCUCGCAUGCCUGCCAUACGAAGUUUCUCGAGCAUUGGAACGAUGCCCUCGUCUAAUAGCGGCGCCACUAUCGGAUCAUCUGAUGUAUACGCCCCUCCAAUGUACCCUCAGGGUAUCAGUAGCGGCCGAAGCAGCUUCAGUCGGCGCACAUCUGAAGCCAGUGGACCUUCUAGCGUUGGUACCACGGGGAACUUCUUUGAUGCAAUAGGAACCGUUCGCAUGGAAGCUUUCAUUGACCAAACCGAGUCCAAUCGACACCGCGUCGGCAAUCGUCGGCCCCGAAACGGAAGCAAGGCUUCGAGUCAAUGGAGUCAAGGGUAUCAGGGACAUCAUCAUGCAUUACGGGACCUUGACUUUCCAACCUUGGAGGAUAGUAGCGAACUUUACUUUCGCCACGACGACCCCUUCCGGGGAUUUUGA